GACGCCUUACACGGGAAACCGAACGACUCAUGUGCAAAUCUUUUCAAAUCUUUUUCGACAUGAAUCUUACGAAGUGAAUGCGGGAGUUUUUUUUUUGAUCGGUUCUUAUGUGGGUGAUAAUAAUGUGCAUUAGUGAAAGGAUUAAAUAUUUUUUUAAUUGAAUUUUUGGAGCAUUUAUUCCUGCCAAAAUGCUUGAUGACAUAAGUGAAACAAAAGCAACAAUGCAAGCAGAUGAAGUAGAAGGGGUGGUAAUGUGUAAAGAAGCUGAUCUUAUACCUAGUGAAAUGACUUUUAAAGACCUUAAUCAUUCCAAAAUUAAAGACGAACCAAUAAUAGACGAGGCAAGUGCUGAGGUAGAGACUACAAGAUACAAAGGUAUAAACCUAGAUGACGAUAUAGAAAAAGUAGAAGUCACUAGUCAAGAAUCUUCCGACGAAGAAGACUUCGAGAGUACACCGUCACCUAAAGAUGGCGAUCCAAAUCUAUUUAGCACAAUUCCAACGCAAAAUCCCAACGAUUCCAUCAAAAGUUGGUUACAUAGAAUAACAGAGGCCCAAAAUGAAAUGCAAAAGAAAUAUCUUAGCGGACUUGGAGGGAAUAUUCAGUUGCCUAUUAGUUCGCUUAUAAAUAAUGCUACUCCUCUUUUAACUGCAUCAACAAGCACUUCUCCUAACCCCACCAGGGUAGUGAAAUACCAAGACCUACCUUAUAUGGGUGAAAUGACAUUAGACAACUCAAAACCAAGGCGAGGUAGGAAACCAAAAAAGGCAGACAUUUGCCAUCUUAUUUACAAAAAUUACGGAACGAUUUUUCCUGGUACACCAAAUCCCGGAAAUUAUUUGGAGAAAGAUAGCAAUAUUUUUAAGAAAUCAGAUUUGUUGGAAAAUAAAGAUAAUGAUUUUAACAGAAGUGAUGUUCAACAUAGGAUAAUUUCUAGUUUGCUAGAGAAAAGACUGACUCAAGAAUAUAACAGAAGCAAAGAUGCCAAGAUUAGUCAAAAUGAUAAAAAUAAGGUAAAAAAGAAUCAAGAAGAACCUCUAAAUCUCUGUAUAAGAGACCUCAACCACUUAAAAAUAAGACUGUUAAAGAAAAAUGACAACACUUAUACCUCUGAAAUAAAGUUGGAACCUCAAUCUGACGAUGACGUAGAGUUAAUUCAAGAUUCUCCUAGUCCAAGUACUCCAAAAGGAGACCUGAAGUUUCCUGUAAUUUCUCCAGAAGGUCUAGAUCCUUUAAAAACAGCCGAAGGCACCACAGGUCCUGGAGGUUACGUUUAUUGGUCUAACGCAGGAGUUUUCAUCCAUCCAGUAGCGCUACAGCAGCAGUUGAUGAUGUACCAAAGAAUGGCUGCGGGAAAUAACUACGUACUACCCAAUACCCAGAGUCCGAAACCACCGCCUGAAUCCAGUCCUGGUAGUACCAAAGAUCAUGGUGCUACCGAAUUGAGGAAGUUGGUACCGAAAUCUGUUAAACCGAAACCAACCUCUCCAAAAGAAAAUAGACAAGAAACCACUCCAUCCCCACAAGCUCAAGAUAUUAAGAAACGAAACGCAACUAAUUCGGACAAUCACAAAUCUCCAACUAAACGGAAAAGGUCUGCGAUAUUCAUUCCUCCCAUACCUCCAGAGAACAACGCAAAUCCUGCUACAGAAGUCAGUAUAUGUAAAUUUAAGUUUACGGGAGGAGCAAAACCAAGUCUGCAGGAAAAGAAAAUGCUAUCUGUUGAUUCAGGUGGUAACUUUAGAUAUUACAGCGGCACUGGCGACAAAUCCAUGAGGGGUUAUGAAUUCUUUCCUCGAGAAACUCUUCAGCAGCAAAUUAACAACUCUCACGGAUCCUCAACAGGAGCCUUCCUCCAAGCAAGCGGAGAAAAAAUAUACCCAAAUCCUCCAACUGACUUUACAGGAGCAAAAACCAGUUCAGAAUUUCUUCUAAGCCCAGAAAUCCCAGCAGUUACCUUCUCCCCAGCUCAAUCCUCUAGUCAGGAUCACCAAAGGAUGAAGAAAAGAAAAUCAAGGAAAAGCUUACAGAGGGAGAAGCUAGAACAGACUUUUAAGGAAAAGGGGUUUCUAAUUCAAACUCAGCAGACUGAAAGUGCUGAAGGAGCUACAUAUUGCAAGUUCAGACAGCUCAGAAAGUUCACUAGGUAUUUAUUUAGGUCCUGGAAGGAUUAUCUACCUGGGAAUAUCGCUGAAGACCAACAGGGAAGAGCAAGUAUUACUGAAGCUAGUGAAAUAAGUAGAGACAAUACUGACGAAGCUUCAGUACAUUCUAGUGAGGUAUCUGUGAGCAAUACGUGAUGAAUGCAGCAUUUAAAAUUAUUUUAUUAUCUCAGAACGUUUGGUGCUAUUUGAAAUUAUUUAUUUUAACCAAAGAUCGACAGUGAAUGAAUGUUGUUUUUGGAAAAUUGUGUUAAAGUUUAACUUUUUUGAUUAAUUUUUUUUUUGAUUAUUGAUAUUAUUACCAAAUGGAUAUGGUUAACUAAAUCUAGUCCGUAC